AUGAAAGGAAUGCGGUUCUUGUACGGAUCCGCCGUCCGGUGGCGCGUUUUGGCGAUCCUCCCGAAGGUGCUGCUGUUCGCUACGAUCGUAGACAAUGUUGCUUGCCAAAAACCGGAAGAUGGUCCCUAUCGGGGGAAGUACAUCGGCAAGUUCAACUCAUACCACCAUCAAGCCUCCGGCGAUGUGUACGCUGUGGACGAGUACACGUUCCUGCUGACCGGGUUUAACUAUGACGGGAACAGUGUGGACACGUUUUUCUGGUCCGGCGCAAGCAAUCGUCCCGGUCCGCAAGGGUUCAUCGUGCCAGAUGAGUACGGCAAAACAAACAUCCUCGAACGGUACUUCAAUAAGGAUUUCACGUUGCGCCUGCCGGACAAUAAGAAAAUCACGGAAGUCAAGUGGCUUGCCGUGUACGACCUCAACUCGCAGAACAACUUCGCGGACGUGUACAUUCCGGAGGACUUCGAACCGCCCGUACCGCAAAAGGCGGGUAGUUUGACCGCGAUUGCCGGCGGGCCCGUCGUCUCAAGCGACACCAUCGACAUCCUGGACUCGAAAACCAUCCGUAUCACGGAUUUCAGCUACGACGGGCACGCCGCUACGGGUGGCCAGGAACCGUCGGUGCACUUCUGGGUAGGUGUAGGACCUUCACCCUCAUCCAAAGGCAGCAAGGUUCCCGACGAGAUGGGCUAUCUCGAUCCGAUUCGGGCGUACGAUCGCGAAACGAUCACCCUCGAGCUGCCAGGUGAUAUGACGAUCUUCGACAUCGACUGGUUCAGCGUGUACGACGUAGAAGCCCGCCGGGAUUACGGUUCGUUUCUCAUCUCGGACGAUCUGAACGUGCCACCCUCGCUGGUACGAGUCACGCCGCACACUGAAUCGCUGCCAAACUGCCGGCAGCUGCACAAGGACUACCGCGUCUCGUGGGAGGUGUUUGGUCCGCAAAUCACGAUUCAGCUGGCAGGAAACGUGCAGCAGGACGAGUACCUGUCGUUCGGGCUUUCCGGUUCGGAGCAGCGCAGCCAGAUGCUGGGAGCAGACGUCGUCGUGGCGUUCAUCGAUGGCCACCGUGGGUACGCGGUGGAUUACAACAUCACCUCGUUGGCGCCGUGCGUGCAGGUACUUGGCCAGAACAAGGGCGUCUGUCGGGACGAUGCGGUGGGUGGGCUGGACAGCUUCCAGCUGCACACGUUUAGCCGGGAAAAUGACAUCAACACGAUCACCUUCCGGCGCACGCUCGUGUCGUCCGAUCCGGGUGACAAGGAGUUCCUGCUCGACCGACCGAUGUACGUCGUGUGGGCCAUGGGACGGCUCGAUUCGAACAACGAGCCCACCUACCACGACAUCUACCCGAAGCGGAACGUGCAGAUCCGCUUCAACACCUCCGAGCCGGUGAACGACUGCUUCAGCUUCACCAGCCGCGAGGCGAACCUAAAGGACGUCUGGGAGCGGCAGCAGAUUUUCGACCGCUCCAUCCGUUCCUUUACGGCCACGCUGGGCCCAGCGGGAGGAAAGCGCGGCUACCAGGGCAUCACCGGGCACGUCUCGAACGGGCUCGCCUGGUAUAUCAAUGGGUUUCUCGUGCCGGAGCUGUGGCUUCGCCGUGGGCUUACGUACUCGUUUCGCGUGCGAGGCGGAAACAAUCCACACUCGCCGGAAUUCUAUCACCCGCUCGUGAUUACGGAUGAACCGCACGGGGGCUUCGAUAGGCUGUCCGAUGCGCGCCAAAGCGAGAUUCGAGUCCUUGCGGGGGUUGAGUUUACACGCCGUGGUCGUCCCAAGCCGACCGCUGCCGGGCCACUCUGCCUGGCCCGUCACCCGGAGGGUCAGGAUCGACGGUUAGACGAUAACUUCGCGACGUUCAAAAAGUUCAACCGCACGCUUAAGUGGACCUGCGAUUCCGGAGAUCCGGCCGUUCUGGAGAUCACUCCCAACACCAGCUGGCCGGAUGUGGUGUACUACAACAGUUUCACCCACGCGAACAUGGGAUGGAAGAUUCACGUCGUCGAUAGCUACAGCCAGUCGGCGCGGAACCAGGCCACCCGGCCGAACCGGCUGUUCAGCUCUACGAUUCGGAUAUGGCUUACCACGGGAAGCCUGAUUGUUUGGUUAUGGUUACAGAACUGAAUAAAACACAA